GAUCAUAUAAUCACUUCCGAAUGAGUCAAGGUGAUAUCAGCCGGCAAGUGACAAACUGAAACUGACUUCCCUGCCUGUUGGUUGACUGUGCAUGUACAGCGAUGGCGAAUAUCAAGAGAGCACCGUUACCAGAAGAAGCGGCAUGGAAAGAACUGCAAAGUUACUUCGAUUCUGAGGGAUCCAAAUUAAACAUGAUGAAAAUGUUUCAGGAUGAUGCCUCUAGAUUUGACAAAUUCAGUCAGAAGUUGCCAACAAAAGAUGGUGAUCUUCUCUUGGAUUAUUCCAAAAACUUGGUGGACAGUAAAACUAUGGGUCUGCUGUUUAAACUGGCAAAAGAGAGGAAGGUUGAAGAGAUGAGAGCAGCCAUGUUUGCUGGUGAAAAGAUCAACUUCACGGAGAACAGGGCUGUCCUACAUGUCGCUCUCCGCAAUAGAUCCAACACGCCUGUAACAGUUGAUGGAAAAGAUGUGAUGCCAGAUGUCAAUGGAGUGUUGAAACACAUGCGGGAGUUCACUGAGUCUGUUCAGGGUGGGAGCUGGAAGGGCUACACAGGGAAAGCCAUCACUGACAUCGUCAACAUCGGCAUUGGCGGGUCUGACCUGGGUCCGUUGAUGGUGACAGAGGCUCUGAAGCCAUAUAGAACCGGUCCCAGUGUACAUUUUGUCUCUAACAUUGAUGGAACACACAUGGCUGAAACUCUGAAAAAACUGAACCCAGAAACCACCCUGUUCAUCAUUGCUUCCAAGACAUUUACAACACAAGAAACCAUCACCAAUGCUGAGUCUGCCAAAGCCUGGCUACUGGAGGCUGCCAAGGAGAAAAGUGCCAUAGCUAAACAUUUUGUCGCUCUCUCUACAAAUGCUACAAAAGUGAAAGAAUUCGGAAUAGAUGAGAAAAAUAUGUUUGAGUUUUGGGAUUGGGUUGGAGGUCGUUAUUCCCUGUGGUCGGCCAUUGGAAUGUCCAUCGCGCUUUUUAUUGGAAUGGACAAUUUUGAAGACUUGCUGGCAGGAGGCCACUUCAUGGACAACCACUUUGUUAACUCUCCAAUGGAAUCUAAUAUUCCUAUUAUUUUGGCUUUGAUUGGAGUAUGGUAUAAUAACUUCUUUGGGUCAGAAACCCAGACUUUACUUCCAUAUGAUCAGUACAUGCACAGAUUUGCUGCCUACUUCCAGCAGGGAGAUAUGGAAAGCAACGGGAAAUACAUCACCAGGAGUGGUCAGAGGUGUGCCUACAAGACAGGGCCCAUCAUUUGGGGCGAACCAGGGACGAACGGCCAGCAUGCUUUCUACCAGCUCAUUCACCAAGGUACAAGGUUAAUUCCAUGUGACUUUUUAAUGCCUGUAAAGACCCAGAAUCCAAUUCAAAAUGGCCUUCACCAUGAGAUUCUGUCAGCUAACUUCCUUGCCCAGACUGAGGCCCUGAUGAGGGGAAAGUCCGCCGAUGUGGCUCGAGCGGAAUUGGUCAAGUCUGGAAUGUCCCAGGCCGACAUUGAUCAUAUCCUCCCCCACAAGGUGUUUGAGGGUAACAGACCCAGCAAUUCAAUUCUGUUCCAGAAAUUGACUCCUUUCACAUUAGGUCUUCUUAUUGCAAUGUAUGAACACAAGAUCUUUGUUCAGGGAAUUAUAUGGGAUAUCAACUCCUAUGACCAGUGGGGAGUUGAGCUUGGAAAGCAGCUUGCCAAACAAAUUCAACCUGAGCUGAAAGGAAAAGACCCUGUCUCUAGUCAUGAUGGCUCCACCAAUGGACUGAUCAACUUCAUCAAGGCCAGCAUGUGAUUCUGUUUACGAUGAUUCAGCCGUGACAGUCCUUAUAUACUGGACAGCAUUGUUCUUUGUCUCUCCAUUGAUCUGACAUUUGUUGCCAUACGAUAGUGAAAACCAGACCUAUGCAGAUGUGCUUCUUAAAGGAAUUCAACUUAAUGGUCUAUUGCUUGUAGUUAAGACUGGUUACAUUGUAUACUUGUGUUUUAUCUAGGAUUGUUAUAGAACAUUGUUUUAUGAAUUGUAGUACAAUAAACAUGUAAAAAAAAAUAUAUAUAUACAUGUAUAUAAUAUAUAUAUAUAUAUAAUAUAUGGGGACAAGAGUACCCCACCCCAAAAACAUUUAUGGAGAAUCUGUUAUGCCAGUAUCUUAACCUCUAACAUGUAAACGCUUCAAUUAACUGUAAAUUAGUAGGGACCUACAUGUAUACAUGUACUGUACAUUUAUAUUAUAUAUGUCCCUAGCUAAACAGCCUAUCCGUUACUCGAUAAUUCUGGAUAUGAUAUGAAUUGUUAAUAAAUUAUUUUUCGUU